GCGCUGGCGGCGAAGGCCAAGGCGAGGUCCGAGGCGCGCGCGAAGAUGGCGCCGGGCACGAAGAAGGGCCGAAAGGGUCAGGAGCCGGUCACGAGGGAUUACACGAUCCACAUGCACAAGUUGCUGCACAAGGUUCAGUUCAAGAAGCGCGCCACCAGGGCGAUCCGCGAGAUCCGGAAGUUUGCGACCCGUGCAAUGUCGACGAAGGACGUGCGCAUCGACACGAAGCUGAACAAGUUUGUCUGGAGCAACGGCAUCAGGAACAUCCCGAAGCGAAUUCGGGUGCGCAUGGCUCGCAAGCGGAAUGAGGACGAGGAUGCCGCCGACAAGACGUUCACGCUGGUGCAGCACGUGCCCGUGGAGAGCUUCAAGAACCUUCAGACUGAGACGGUGGUUCCCGUUGGCCAGCUCGAGUCCUGCGCCGCGCGCCCCACCUCCUGGAGCGCCAGGGCGCGGGCGGCCCGCAUGUGCGGCGAAGGCACCGCGAAGUCGAAGGCAGCAGGUGCCGACCACGCUCCUUGCUCCGUGGUGCCGGUGGACGCGAUCCCCGGCUCCCGCGCAUGGGCCUGCGUGCCGGCCGUGGCGGUCGCAGACGUCCUCGCAGCAGGGGCAGGAGUGCUCAGUCUCGUACACGGGCAUGAAGAGCCUGCGCCCGACCUCGCGCACGAACUCCUCGGGCCCGAAAAGAAGCCCCAGCUGCUCGCUGUGCUGCGCCUCGAGGAAGUCUGGAGCGCCGGGCAGCAGCUCCGAAAGGAUUUCAGCGCGGUGGCCAUCCAGGCCAACGCGGUCUCUUCUGAACGCCGCCAGUUGUGGGGGCUGGCGGCCCGAGAUUCCGUCAUAUUCGUGCUCGGGCGUGGUGUGGGCAUCCAGGCCAACACGGUGCCUGCUGAUCGACGUCAGUGGCGCAAGUGCCAUGUCCGCAGCGGCAAUUUGGCCGUUCAGCUGCGGCAGAUGCGGACCAACCUUUUGCGUGCGAGCGAACUCCUCGCUGCGAGGACGGGGUGCCCAUGCCUGUCCACCGACAGGGAUGGGCAACCCAGCUUCAGGCACGAUGUGCGGAUGCAUCCUGGCCCACACGGGCCUACCUUCCUGGGAAG